CAUUCCGGUGCGGUCGGGUCAGCAACGCAUCUUAUUCUUGCCCUCUCCCUUCACGCGGUUUUCGACAACAAGAAAACGAAGGGAGAGAGAGGGGCGGGAUCUAAUUAGAGCAGAUGGCGGGAGAGGAAGGGAAGCCGCUUCGGAGGAUCGCGGAGGCCUUUGAGGGCCUUGCCGACACGGUAAGCGCCAAGACCGCCGCCGUCGAGGUCGCCCCCUUCUCCCGCGCCUGCUCCCGGGUCUCCGUCCUCUUCGGCUGCCUCGGGAUCGCCUUCAAGUUCGCUGAGAUGGAUUACGUCUCCAAGGUGGAGGACUUAUCAGAGGCAUCAAAAUCUAUCUCUACGUUACACUCUUUGCUUGAUUUAGAUGUUGAAAAGAACUGCGUGAGACAAGCUGGCAGUCACUCACGCAACCUUCUUAGAGUGAAGCGUGGACUUGACAUGGUCAAGGUGCUGUUUGAGCAAAUUCUAGCAUCAGAAGGAAAUUCCCUGAAGGACCCUGCAUCAGUGGCUUAUGCAAAAGUUUUUGCUCCCCACCAUGGAUGGGCCAUAAGGAAAGCAGUCGCUGCAGGAAUGUAUGCCCUUCCUACAAAAGCACAGCUUUUGAAGAAGCUAAAUGAAGAUGAGGCCUCAGCGAAGGUUCAGAUGCAGAAUUAUAUCAGUGCAUCUGCUUCAGUUAUUCUUUAUAUUGAGGAACUAUUUCUCUCAAGAAAAUUGGGUAUAGAUUGGUGAACAAGCCAUGCUGUGUAUUGGCUUUGUUUAAUUCCAGCAGCUACUAUUUAGGUCGGCACGCGCAAACCUGUCCAAGCAUUAUGCGUAAAAUGAUGGAGUUGGUGCUACCAUUGCUAUCUGGAGAUGUGUUAUGGGACCAAGACGAAAGCUCCUGUAGUCCAGCUACAAAAAAAAUUCAUAACUAGAUUUCUACAUCUAAUCAGGCUCAUGCUAUGUACAAUUUCAUAAGGAAGCUAUCUGGGUAAGCUAUGAUGAAUUGAAUUUAGAAGUUAUUUGCAUACAUUCAUUUCCUCAGAAAAUAAAAGAAAGAAAACAGGGAAAAAAAAAAGGUAAAGAAAACUUAUAUUACAUUCACGAGUCCGUACAGGAUGUUGUCAAGUUGUUUAACUAUGGAUAAUGUUGAUUCUUUUGCUUGUCAAACAUUAUGGUGUUCUGGACGAAAGGGUAAAUUUGUUGAAUGAAAGGGGAUUGGCCUAGCACAAGGCAAA